AUGACCUCUCAUUAUUCUCCCCUUGCGGUGCCUAGGGUUGAAGGCACACAUUCUUCGCUAGAGCAUAAUACCCUUCACACUUUCACUCCAGCUCUUGCUGAUAGUCCUUCGGAGAACGACAUUGCGACGUAUUCGUUUUUGCCACCACAGAAAUCGUGUUCUCGAGAAACGAGCCAUUUACACGGGAAUCAAGUCAAAGAAAAACAAACAAGCUUGAACCCAUCGCUUGCAUACGCUUCCACCGAAAAUAUCACUGGAGAACUAGGUCCUACUAACACUUCCUCCGAUGCCCAUGCCACAGGUGCUUCUUACUGGUGGCUGGAAAUCGGAGCAAUUGUACUCAGCCUAGGGUCCAUGGUCACCGGUAUUGCAGUUUUACACUCUCAAAACGAGAAUCCCUUGGAAUCAUGGACCUUUGUAGUGUCCCUCAAUACGUUAGUCUCUAUCCUUGGUGUGAUUGCUAGGACGACGCUGGCAUUUGCCAUCAGCUCUUGCAUUGGACAACAGAAGUGGAAUUGGUUCUAUGGCCGCCAAGAUCAACUGGUUGCGUUUGAGAGAUUCGACGAAGCCAGUCGAGGUCCAUGGGGUAGUGUUAAACUUCUCUACUGGUUGAAAGCGCGGAGACAUUGGGCUGCUCUCGGACCCUGUGUGAUCCUUGUUUUUCUCGCAUUUGAUCCAUUCUUCCAAGCCACCAUAUCUUACUAUGGAAAGCUUAGUACCAUCAAUACCGACCAAGAAAGUGCCAUAAUCGGAAAGGUUGAAUCGCUGUAUCUGGGCAACAUGUAUGAGGAGUAUAAUAACUUUUGGUGGAUUGUGGAAGACACUGAUAUGACCAUACCUACCUAUUGGUUCUCGGGCCAACCCGACUUUGGACUCGCCAGCGCGACAUAUAAUGGAUUCAGCAGCUCCUCAACCUUUAGAUUGCAGACGACCAAAUACACCUGUGUCAGCGGCAAUUGCACUUGGCCAUUGUAUACUUCAUUAGCCAUCUGCAGCGCUUGCAACGAUGUAUCCAGCAAUAUCACAAGAUCUAGCGGCGUUGCUGGGCUGACAUAUCACGACGGGUUUUCUAACCUCACUCUAUGGAACCAGGCGACACAAAACGGCACGGAUGUGCCUCUGACUGGAUGGUAUAGAAUACUGCCCCACAGUUACACAAGCUACGAAGUGCCUUAUUCUCAUAUCAAGACAUUUGAUGGGCUUCGAGGCACCGGAAUCGGGCCCAUGCCGGACAUGGCGGAAGAUUUAUACCUGUACGACCAUCGGACCUUGAUGACUGUUGGUUCCACGGCGAAGCGUAGCGAGACGAUCAGUUUUCAGAAUUUAGAAACACUUUUGGCCGCUUUCAUAAUAAUGAAAGCCCCAAAUACUUAUUUUAACAAUGAGACAGUUUGGGAAAACUCCACACCUACUGCCACUGAAUGCGCUCUGUCGUUGUGCGUCAACGCCUAUCAGACAAGCGUACAUGCUGGAGAGCUCAACGAGAAUGUUGUGGACUCCUGGACAAUUGUAGAUCCUAGAUCUUGGCUGGCACUGUCAUCGGUGAACGGCAGUCUCGAUCCGGCGUCUCAACACUGCGAAGGUGGAACCGAUGGCCACCAAACAUGUACCGACGGAAACUUCAUUUCCGAUGACAGAGACCUCCAUGACGGCGGUCCGUUGCGGUCGGACUUGGUACUACUCGCCCCGGCCGACAAAUCCUUAGGAAUACCUAGCUCCCGCUUUCCGAUCACCCAAGUGACACUUGAAAGCACGAUCCAGUUCCUGCUCAGCUUGACAAUAAGCCCGGAAAAUUUGGACAAUUCCCUCUCCGUGUAUCCUGCCGGUUUUUGGGAUCAGGGCAGGCCUAAGAUCGUCUGCUCUCUUAUAAAUUCAACCAGCUUUACCUCCACGUUUGAAAACGUCGCCAGGAGCAUCACGGACUACAUCCGGGACGUCGCGUCCGUCGAGCAUUAUGGGACCAUGGAAAGGUGGGCCGUCUACGCCCGGGUCGACUGGGGGUACAUGACAUUACCGGCCGUUUCCAUGUUGAUAGGAUGUCUCUACGUGCUCUUCACUAUCGUGAACACGGUGCGCCUAGGUCUGCCGGUUUGGAAAGAGAGUGCUCUGAAAGUAUUAACAUACGGACUUGAUAGUAACACUCAAGAAUCGUUAAGGGGAGGCGAUGGUCAGGGAAAGUUUGACGAUGUUGCUAGGAGAACAAUGAUCAGGUUUGAAGAAAACGUCGAUGGGUUAAGGCUACAAGUUGCAUGA